CGGCGCGUAGCGUUUGCUUGGUUAGUUUUUACGGUCGGACAACGGGACAAGUAUUAACAGUGUCACCAUGGCAGACCAGGCGAAUUUGAAAAGUUUUCAAAAACAACCGACUAUUUUCCUUAACAAGAAAAAGUCGGCAUCCAAGGGUCGCAAAUCCCUCAGAUAUACCCGUGAGGUUGGUCUUGGAUUCAAAACCCCAAGAGAAGCUAUUGAGGGUACCUACAUUGAUAAAAAAUGCCCUUUCACAGGUGAUGUAUCCAUCAGAGGUAGAAUCCUGACUGGAACCGUCAUCAAGAAUAAGAUGCAGAGGACAAUCGUUGUUCGUCGUGACUACUUGCAUUAUAUUCGCAAGUACAACCGUUUUGAAAAGAGGCAUAGGAAUAUGUCUGUUCAUCUUUCCCCAGCAUUCAGAGAUGUUGAGAUUGGUGAUGUUGUUACUAUUGGAGAAUGCAGACCACUCAGUAAAACUGUGCGCUUCAAUGUGUUGAAAGUGUCCAAAGGCAACAGCACAAAGAAGAGCUUCAAAAAAUUCUAAAUAAAGUCCAUGUUUUAAGCUAAAUAA